AUGGAGUGGGUCGCGCAGCGGAGGCGAUUUUGCCAAGAGGCUGAAGAGGGCGACCUCGUUGGUGUGUCGUCCUACGAGGCUCUGGUGGUUCAACUCAAGAAGGCCUUCCCCGUCAGCGUCAUGGAACGAUUCGGCAAAGGCGGCUUUGCUCAGUUUGUCGGGUCUCCCUUCCUGCUCCUUUUCAACACACUCAGCAAGGCCGUCGUGUUUGGGCGACCCGAGGACUGGAAGGAAUUGCAGCUGCUCAUGAAGGUCCUUACCGGUUUCAAGUCGCUCGACGCGAGCAACGAGGAGCUGCUGAAGGCGGCCGUCCAGCGCGUGAAGCGGUAUCUGCUGUCGCUCCACGGCUACAUCAUCGUCGCGAUUCUCGGCGCGUUCCACGCGUCCCACGUCGGCGCCGCCUUCGCGGUGCAGCGGGGCUUCGAGCUAGUUAAAGCCUUUGGCGUAGAGGCGACGGCGCCCGCCGAUUCGCCGAAGACGCCUCCGCGAAAAAACGGCUGA